AUGAAAGUUGGCUCUUUAGAAACCUUAAAAGGUACUGACGCUUUGACUCGAACUAAUAAAAGAUGUGGGUCAAGUACUUAUCGAGUAAGACGUAGGAGACGGAAUUGGAGCUCGCAUACGUCGAGGUUAUCGCCAUGCAUUGAAGAGUCAACUGGAGUUGACUGUAUGGCAACAGAUUCUCUGAAUGCAUCUCCUGAACGACUAUCAUCGAACACCCCUUCACUUGGAAACAGCAGUUCAGGUUCUUGCUAUGGCAUAUCUUCUGGGUUUGUCCGCCCUUCAAUGCCCCCUGGUCCACCUACAUCGCCUGUCCCGAGUCCACCACCAGCUCCCGUAACACUUGGUGUCGUUGCGGAAGUUUCGGCGAGUUCUGUAGGUGGAUCUAGAAAGUGUGACCCUGUUCCGAAUCUUCCGGCUGUACUUCGUAAUCGUUUCAGACGACGCCGAAAUGCCAUAUGUGAUUCUUCCGCUCUUGGUCAGGGGCUGAAGGACUUCUUCGCAUCUUACGUUGUUUCCAGCUUAACAGACUCCAUGACAUCAUCACUUAGUUUAGAAUCAUCAUCUGCACCCCCAACGUUCAAUUCCUCAUCUCAGUCCCUUACUCCCAGCACAGUUUCACACUUAAUGCACAUUGAUUAUGCUCCAUCUUCUUUAUGUUUAAUUGAUAGCGAAUCGCAAUCUGAAAGUCUGUGAUAUAUAUUUCUUCUUAUUAUUGUUAUCUGUUUUCAACUGUUAUCCAACAGUAAUUAGUUCAUUUUUGUAGCUUCAUAAUCUAAUUUUCUGCCAGUCUGUUUGAUAUUUUACAUAAUUAGAGGAUUUCAUUUCAACCAUUGCAAUAUGCAUAUCUCUAUCCAUGUGCGAACACUUUGUCUGUAUACGAGUCUUUCCGUACUCACUGCUCAUAUGACGUAAUUUUUCUUGAUUCUCUUCAACAUGCUUAUAAUUUUCAGACAUCAGCUAAAAGCUGUGAUUCUAUUAAUAAUAUUAUUUGCGAAAGUAUUGUUUUUUUUAAUCUAAUCUGACCAUGACUUAGCAAAUAGACUUAAGUGUAUUGUGAUUACUUGUGUCUUUUCUUAUUUAAAACUGUACAAACUUUGAGGCACAUCUUCAAUUCCUAUAUAAGCUGUUUAUUUAGGCCAUAUCUUACAAGUUGUCGAGAUAUGUUGGUACCGUAUAUCAAAAUCAAGGUGCUUUUUUGUUGUUGUUUGAUUUACACUCUUGUUAUAAUUGUGCGUCGUUACCACGCUUGGUUUCAACAAAAGUAUCCCUGUUCAUUCAACUUUUGGUAUGAAACAUAAAAGUUUAAGGAAUUUCGCUAAAUGUUGUGAUUGACGCUGUAUUGUGAUGUACUGAUUACAUGGCCGAUGAGAGUGAACUGGUGUAACACAAGUUGGUCUGCCGAUAGCACUGCCUGUUAUUGCCUUUGAGUGGU